GAGGUGCUUCGGUCGCUCCCAAACAUGGCCUCCGUGACGGAGCGACCGCUUCAACUUUAAUUUUUCGCCAGUUUUCGGAGUAAAAACCGCGCUUUUCCCUCCGUGCUCCGCCGGGAAUGUUCCGCCGGAGACCCGGCCGUGCCAGGCGUGUCAAACGGAGGCUGAGGUUGGCAGAAGUUCGCUGCUGGCUUUGAAGUCGUCGCUCUAAGUUGGCUGAAAGCUGGAGAGGAAAAAGAGAAUUGCAUCGAAUCAAAUGCCAUCUGAGGCUCAGCCUCAGGAGCCUCGGGACAGAGGGCCACCCCCUCCCGUCACUCGGGCCGGCCGCAGUGCUCAGCUGGCCAAAGCCGCUGCUUCUAGCCCCGCCCCUGAGAGGCGGCCCCGUGGGCGACCGCGGAAAGAUGGGAGCAGCGGGCGCUCUGGACCUGCUGCCCCGCCUCCUCCUCCACCACCUCCUCCCCCUCCGCCCCCCAAAUCAAGAAAGAAGGGGCGGAGCCGAGGACGAGCUCAAGUAGAGGAUGAAGAGAGCAUGGAUGCCACAGAGAAGAAGCCCCCCCAGAAGACAGAGGUGAAGGCUCAGACCACACGGCGGCAGCGCUCCACCUCCAGGAGAAAAUCCAAAACGAGCUCUGGACCUGCUCAGGACGAGCCCAGUCCAGAUCCUGAUCCUGACCCGGAUCCAGGACCGGGGCCCCCCGACCCUGAGCCGGCUCCCAGUGCUGAGGAGGAGGCGGGAGAGGUGGAGGACAGACUCCAGUCAGAGGCUCCGCCCCUAGCUUCUAGCCCUCUUCUACCCCCCUCCAGCCCUCCACCCCAAUCCCAUCAUCUUGAUCCUAUUCCUGAUCCUGAUGCUGUGGAGGAAGACCGGCCCAGUCCGAGUCACAGCCCCACCCCUACGGAUGUGGACUGCAGCCUGGUUCCCAUAGAAGCAGAGGAGGACGGGGCCGGCCCCGUGGAGCAGAGUCCGGCCGUCAGUCCCCGCUCCAGUCCUCCGGUGUCCCCCUGUCUGCGGUCGGAGGACGAGGACUCGCUGUCCCCGCUGUUCCAGCGGUCUCUGUCGGAGGACUCCGGGGGCUCACCCACCCCCAGCCUGGGACACACCAAAAAAAGGCUGAAGCAGUGUGCCUUCUGUUACCACGGCGACAAGCCUCCUCUGGGCCAGGGCCGGCUGGUGGUGUUCGGCCCGACGCCCGGCUACAUCCCGCUCCACAUCCUCAAUCGCCGCGCCUCCUCCGACCGAGACAACGACUGCCACGACCACUGCUACCGCGGCAGCCGAGCCCCGGCCACGUGCUGCAGUCCAGAACAGUGUGAGUCUUCCUCAGAGUUCCUUAAGCAGCUUGGACCCAUCGGCCUUCCUCAUGACAUCAACGUCCAAUCACUGUUUGACCCCACAGGUCAGUGCUGUGCUCACCUGCAGUGUGCCACUUGGUCAGAGGGGGUGUGUCGAGGCGAGGGACAAUCACUGCUCUACGUGGACAAAGCCAUCGACACAGGAAGCACACAGGUGUGCGUGUUCUGCCAGCAGCUCGGAGCUUCGCUGCGUUGUCAGGAGAUGGACUGUGGGCGGUGCUACCACUUCCCCUGCGCUGCUGCUGCCGGAGCCCACCUGGACUGGAACCAGAGGCGCACACUGUGUACAAGACACGCAGGGUCCUCGCCACCCUGUGCUCUGUGCUCUGGCGGCGGUGAGCUUGGCAGACUGUUAAUGUGCUGUUGUUGUGGUAACCGUUACCAUGGCAGCUGCGUGGACCCCUCUGUGGCCCCCUCCCCUUUCUGCCGGGCCGGCUGGCAGUGUCCUCAGUGUCGAGUGUGUCAGAGCUGCAGGCUGCGAGGCGAUGAAGCUGCGUUAUUGGUGUGUGAGCGCUGCGAUAAAGCCUACCACACACACUGUCUCACACCACCUCUGGAUCACACGCCGAGCACCGGCUGGAGCUGCAAGAACUGCAGAGUCUGCCGCCGCUGUGGUGUCAGGUCAUCGGGCCAGUGGGCCAAUCACCUGUUUCUGUGUGAGUCGUGUGACCCAGCAUUGCCCUGCCUUCUCUGUGGCCACGCCCCUGACCUCUACACACCACAGGAGUGCGUGACCUGUGUCUGCUGCUAUAGGUUUGUCCAUGCAGACUGCAUCAUCCAGGCCGGGGAGGGCGAGGUGGGGUCCGAAGCGUACAUCUGCUCCACGUGCAGACCUCAACAGGAGGAGCCAAACCCACACAGUCCCACAUUGGCAUCAGCUGCCGCCCUUAGCCCCUCACAGACUCCACCCAGUAGCAUUCCACAGCCAUCGGUCUCAACGUGCACAGAGGCUCCACCGGCCAGUCCUGUUGGUCAACUCGUCCCUGAGGAGCCGUCACAGAGAACAACAAAGUCCCUCAGUGCACCAUCACCACCAAGUCUUACGUCAUCUCACCCUGAUCCCAUUGAGCUCCAACAAAAUCCUACACCAUCUCACACCGACUCCCAGGAGCUCCUGAAUAAUCCACUGUCAGUUCUUCCUCAGUCUACAGGGCUCCAACAGAGUUCUACAACAUCUCACCCUGAGUCCAGUGAACCCCAACAGAGUCCUCUACCAUCUCAUUCUGAGGGUAUGGAGACACAACAGAGUUCUCCGCCAGUUCUCCCUGAGUCCACAGAGCUCCAACAGAAUCCUCCAUCAGUUCUCCCUGAGUCCACAGAGCUCCAACAGAAUCCUCCAUCAGUUCUCCCUGAGUCCACAGAGCUCCAACAGAAUCCUCCAUCAGUUCUCCCUGAGUCUACAGAGCUCCAACAGAAUCCUCCAUCAGUUCUCCCAGAGUCUACAGAGCUCCAACAGAAUCCUCCAUCAGUUCUCCCUGAGUCCACAGAGCUCCAACAGAAUCCUCCAUCAGUUCUCCCUGAGUCCACAGAGCUCCAACAGAAUCCUCCAUCAGUUCUCCCUGAGUCUACAGAGCUCCAACAGAAUCCUCCAUCAGUUCUCCCAGAGUCUACAGAGCUCCAACAGAAUCCUCCAUCAGUUCUCCCUGAGUCCACAGAGCUCCAACAGAAUCCUCCAUCAGUUCUCCCAGAGUCUACAGAGCUCCAACAGAAUCCUCCAUCAGUUCUCCCAGAGUCUACAGAGCUCCAACAGAAUCCUCCAUCAGUUCUCCCAGAGUCUACAGAGCUCCAACAGAAUCCUCCAUCAGUUCUCCCAGAGUCUACAGAGCUCCAAGGAAGUUCUGUAACGUCUCAUCCUGAAGCCAUGGAGAGAUUAAAGAGUCCUCCAGCCGAUCUCCCUGAACCCGCAGAGCUCCAACAAAGUCCUCCAUCAGUUCUCUUUGACUCUACAAAGCUCCAAGAAAGUUCUGUAUCAUCUCAGCCUGAAGCCACGCUUCAACAGAGUCCUCCACCAAUUCUCCCAAAGUCCACAGAACUCCAAGAAAGUCUUUUAUGUCACCCUGUUUCUGCCAAGCUCCUAGAAACUCCCAAAGUUCUCCCACAAAGUGGAUGGAGCAUGGAGUUGGAACAAAGCCCUUCACAAUGUCAAACUGAUCCCACAGAGCUCCAACAAAGUCCUCCACCAUCUCACCCGUAUCCUGUGGCAGUCCAGCAAAGUUCCUCACUAGCUCUUACAGAGCUCCCUCUGCAGAGUUCUUUACCAUCUAGCCCUGUUCUCAAGGACCUCCAGCAAAGUCCUGCAUCAUCUCCCAUGGAGCUCCAACAAAGUUCCUCGCCUACUCCUGUAGAACACCAACAAUUUUCUGCACCAUCUCCCAAAGAACUCCCAAACAGUCCUACACCAUCUCACCCUCUUUCCACAGAGCUGCAGCAAAGCCCUCCACCAUCUCCCAAAGAGCUCCCAUCUCAACUUGUUUCCAUGGAGCUUCAACCAAAUUCCUUACAAAUGCUUAAAGAACUCCAAAAUCCUGCACCAUCAUGCCCUGAUUCCACAGAGCUCUGGCAAAGCCCUGCACCAUCUCCCACAGAGCUUCAGCAAAGUCCUCCACCAUCUCCCACAGAGCUCCAGCAAAACCCUCCACCAUCUCCCAAAGAGCUCCCACCUCAGCCUAUUUCCACGGAGCUUCAACCAAAUUCCUUACAAACGCUUGAACUCCGAAGUCCUGCACCAUCUGAAAAUGCAGAGCUUCAACAAGGUCAUCCAUCAUCUCCCAUAGAACAAAGUUCCUCAUCACCUUCAGCAGAGCUCCAGCACAUUCUUGUGCUGUCUCACACUGAUUCCACAGAGCUCCCACAGAAUGCACCAUUUCCCAAAGAACUCCUGUCAAGUCCUGCACAAUCUCACACUGAUCCUUUGGCACCUUUAACUGCACAUCCCCCACAAAGUCCUCAACCAUCUGUGACGGAGCUCCCACAGAGUCCUGUAAUUUCCCAUCCUGAUCCCAUGGAGCCCCAACAAAACGUUGUACCUUUGACUGCACCUUCUAUCAUAGAACUCGAGCCAUCUCCCUCUUGUCACACAGCAUCCCAUAGUAAUCAAGAAGAGCUCCAUCCUGAUGUGGCAGAGUGUAGAAUAAGCUCCUCACCAUCUUGCCCUGAUCUUGCAGAGGCCCAUGAAAGUUACUCAGCAUCCCACUUGGAUUCCACAGAUGACCAGAAAAGCUGGACCCCAUUACACCUUCAGCAGAGUCCUGCACAGUCUCACUCUAAUCUGGCAGAACUUGAGAAAAGUACAGAGCAGAAUUCCACAGAGGAUCAGCUUAUGGACACAGAAUCUCAGCAGAGUCCAGUACAGGGUGGUCCCACGGCUUGUACCCUUGCACAUUUUCUACACAGCCCUUCACCUCACAGUCCUAUCAAAUCAGGGCUGACUCCUCCCAGGGUGGAGCUGGGGACAGAGGAGGCUCGGCGCAGCCUUCCACCACACAGUCCUGCACAGGACAAUGCUAUGCAGCUCAGUGGAUCACAUAGUCAGGAGAACAUUGUCAUCUCACAGCCUCAGCACAGUGCUCUACAAACGGACUGUAGUCCUGUGCAAGCUGGCAUGUCAUGUCCUUGGAACCCCUCACAGGACACUGAAUCUACACUGGACCAGGAGAGCCCUGGAUUGAGCAGCCCUACUCUGCAGUAUGGGGCUGCACAGGACACGUCUACACUGGACCAGGAACUCUCAUCGGCAGCAAGAUAUGCCUCAGCUCCAUGUAGCCCAUCAUCACCACCGCUCAGACCUAAACGGUGCAGUCUGUCCCAACCUGCCAGCCCUGCUCAGGCUCUCCGGUCUUCACAGCUUAGCUUACAUACUUUAGAACUUGCUGCACAUUCAACACUCACACAGGAGUCCACCCAUGCCACACAACCUGACUCCUUGAAACAUUGCCCUUUGCAAAAGAGUUCUAGCCCUGAUGGCCAAACACUGGAAAAUAACCCUCCUCCCCUUAACCCCACCUCGAGCCUGGCCACAGCGCCCCCUGAAAGUAGCACGCUCAGUCCCGAUCAUUCCAGUCCCCCUCAUGUCCUAGAUUUCCAGACACCAGAAAGCCUUUUUCACAUUAGCACUUCAGCCAAACACAGUAGCCUAGCUUGCUCACCUUGUGCCGGUGAAAUGGAGGAAGCUCCUCCCCCAGCUAGCCUAAUUCAUCAGAAUCUUCACAACACCCCAUCGCUCUGCAUGGAAGUUGUUGAAGGAGCUAGCCCCACACAUGACCAGGCCAGCUCAGCUUGUGCCAGCCCCACUCGUGCUUACCAGAUGCCUACAAGCCCAACCAUGUGUCUUGAAGGCCAUCCUAGCCCUGUGCCAGGGGAGAGUAGCCCAUCAGCAGCGCUGGCUGGACCCAUCCACCUUGUCUCCUGUCGCGAUGAGGAGAUGGAGGUAGCAAGUGAUGGUGUUCAGUCAGAACCUAGUCCCAGUCAGCCAGACAGUCCUCAGCCUGACCUUGCUUACUCAGAAGCCACCGGUGGCAUUGUUUUGUCAGGUCAUGAGCAUGCUCAGGAGACAGAAAGUCCACCUGGUCAGUCAAGUCGGCCACAUAUCCAGAUUUCCUUCAGUACUUCACACCUGGCUGCAGUACAGCCGUCAAGCCCUCCACCAGCUUCUGGUAGUUCAAGUCCUCCACACUGUACACUGAGUGAUACCGGCCCAGAGAGGAGUCCUGUUAGUGCUGAAACAUAUCCCUGUUCUGCUAGUGUAGCUGAUGUUCACACCAGUCAUAGCCCAGUUAGUCCUGCUGGUCAGGCUAGUCCUGCUCAUGUAGUAGUAGCUCACUCAGGCCCAGUGCAGACACAAACUUCCUCAUUAGCUAGCACAACUCAUAGCAGCCCUGCACAUGCUGCUUUUGCCAGUGUUAGCCCACCUCACAGUCCAGCUCCUGACACUGAAAGUAGUACUAGCCUUACUGAGGCAUCACUGAGCCCCACUAGUCCUGAUGUGGACACAGUUGCUCUUUCCAGUGGGGCUCAGCCUGAUAUGGGUGCUGAUGAACCCGCAGACUGUAUCAGACAAACAAGUCCUGCUGCCUCUGUACCCGACGACUCAGCUGCUGUUAGCUCCAGCCAGACUAGUCAGAACCAAGUCAGCAGGUCCCCAGCUGGUACUGCAGUGGUCCCCAAAGAAAACCACCAGUGCACUGCCUCACCAAGCCCCCUGUAUCAAAGCCCACUCAUCCCCACUGAUGCUACUUACACUCAGGCCAGUCUGAGUCCUGCUAGCCCUGUCCAUGCUAGUCCCACUCAGGAUAACACUGCGAUGCCUAGCUCAACCUCUCCCAGUGAGGCACCUCUUAGUCCCACAUGCCCCGCCCCCUCACAGAUUAGCCCUUCUCAAACAGUCUCUUUUGACACUCUGCAGGUUCAGCGUAGUCCCUUACACAGCCCAGGUCAAAGUUCUACAGGUGUUCAUAUGGAUCCAGGUUUUAAACAGAUCACCACAAGUCCAGGCCCCGUGAGUCCUGUGCAGGCAGAGCCUGGUCCCGGUCCCGAGAGUCCUGUGCAGGCAGAGCCUGGUGUCAGACCUGCUUCUGCCAGCCCGUUCCACUGUGAAGCCAGUCCUCCUUGUGAUUCAGUUAACCCUGCUCCCUCAAUAACCAGCCCAAGUCCUGGUCCUGCUAGUCCCGUGAAGCCAGAACAAGGUCCUGGACCUGAAGGGAUGUCUGAUGGCACCAUGGACACACUGAGCACAGGGGAGGAGCAGCAGCAGGAGGAGGAGCAGCAGCAGGAGGAGCAGCAGCAGGAGCAGCCUGAACACACAUCACAGGAGAGCCUAGCAGAGGAGAAGCCUGUGGAGAGGAGCGAGGGAGGAGAAGAACAAAACCAGAAGGUCCUGCCCAGUAGCUCCAGCUGUCCUAAAGGAGUCCAGGAGACUCAGUGCCCCACCUCCCCCAUUCCCACGCAGCAACCUGUGUCCUUCCCUUUGCCCUCAUCACCUCCAUCUGUGGGAGCCGGCUCCCUGGAGGCCUCCCCCCAUCGUCACUCCCAGUCCACCAUUAUAGAGGGCCUCCCACAGGAGGAAAAGCUUCCCAGUGACUUUGGACCUACGGUGGGGCUGAAGGACCAAUCACCUCUUUGUCACAUGACAUCAGAGUGUGAUGGGGGUCAGUCACAGAUCCUAUGUGAAGCUGUUGCUUUGGUAACAGAACCCACCGAAGACGAGCACCAAUCACAAGCUGAGCCUUCACAGGAGGAGGAGGAGCUUUCUGAAACAGUUCAGCCGUCAGACAGUCAGCCAAUCACUGAGGAGCACUCAGACAUGGAGGAGGAGCCAGUGAGCUUCGUGCUGGACUUGGACCCCUCUUUAGACAGAGAGGUGAUGGAGCUGAUGACAUCAUCGCCUCCCCCGUCCCUCCUGCACCUGUCCUCACCAUCCUCAUCGCCGCUCCUGCGCAGAGGGAAGGGUCGCACCCUAAGGCCUCCUCCCUGCUCCCCCCGGCUGUCUGAUGACCUCUCCAUCCGCCUCAGACAGUCUCCCUUCUCCACUGAGGCCUCCCCAGAGACCUCCCCUGCAAGAGUGCCCAUCACGCCGCCACCGCUCACCCCACCUUUGCCUUCUCUCAGGACUUCCCCCCUAGCUAGAGAGUCUCCACCUCUCUCUAAGGCUCCUCCCACCACUGUGCUCCCCCUCACCCCAAAAAUCGGCAUGGGGAAGCCUGCCAUCUCUAAGAGGAAGUUCUCUCCUGGCAGAGCCCGGGUGAAACAGGGCACGUGUUGGAGUAGUCGCAGGGCAGUCAGCCCCCUCUCGUCCUCCCAGGAUUCCACGGGGGAGGGAGGGUGGGACAGCCCUAAGCCCCGCCUGCAGGACUCCCCGCUCUGGAGCAUGAGAGUGGGUCGUGGUUCCGGGUUCCCGGGCAGGAGGAGGUCCAGAGGAGGCGGCAUCGGAGGAAGAGGAGGGAGAGGAAGAAGCCGACUGAAGACUCAGGACAGCGUGACUGUGUCACCGGGAGCUGGAUACGUGGAGGCGUUCACAGCAAAGGAGGACGAGGAGAACUCGAUGCACAACACCGUGGUGAUGUUCUCCACGUCAGACCACUUCACCCUCAGACAGGACAUGUGUGUGGUGUGUGGCAGUUUCGGGCAGGGCGCUGAAGGUCGGCUGUUGGCGUGCUCUCAGUGUGGACAGUGUUACCAUCCUUACUGCGUCAACGUAAAGAUCACUCGGGUGAUUCUGACCAAAGGGUGGCGCUGUUUGGAGUGCACGGUGUGCGAAGCAUGCGGUGAGGCCAGCGACCCCGGGCGACUGUUGCUAUGUGACGACUGCGAUAUCAGUUACCAUACCUACUGCCUGGACCCGCCCCUCCUCACGGUGCCUAAAGGAGCCUGGAAGUGCAAAUGGUGUGUGUGGUGCGUGCAGUGUGGCUCCGCCUCCCCCGGGCUGCGCUGCGAGUGGCAGAGUAACUACAGCCUGUGCGGGCCGUGCUGCAGCCUGAGCCACUGUCCCGUCUGCCAGCGAGCGUACCUGCAGGACGACCUCAUCCUGCAGUGCCAGCAGUGCGACAGGUGGGUCCAUGCUGUGUGUCAGGGUCUGACCACUGAGGAGGACGUGGAGGCCGCUGCUGACGAAGGAUUUGACUGUUCACUGUGCAGGACGCACGGACGCAGCCCCUACGGGAGGACGGAGUCGUUGGCGCCCUUCAUGGCUCAGAUCGUCUCCAGGAUCAGGGAACCCGAGUCAAAGACGUACACUCAGGACGGAGUCUGCCUGACCGAGUCGGGCCUGUCUCACCUGCAGUCUCUGGUCGAACCUCUGACGUCGCCGCGCAGGUGGCGCAGGUGUAAACCCAAACUGAAGCUGAGGAUCAUCAACCAGAACAGCGUGUCCGUGCUGCAGACCCCGGUGGAUGCCGAGCCCGCCGAGCUGGACCACGGCAGAGCUCCGCUCGACUGCGAGAUGAAAUCUGACUCCAGCCCCGAACGAGAUCACAUCCAAGACAAUGACAUCACCAAGGAGCCCGAUGUCGCUGACGGCAACAAGAAGAGGAAACGGAAACCCUACAGGCCAGGUAUCGGCGGGUUCAUGGUGCGUCAGCGUGGCGCCAAGGCGGGGGUGGGUCCAAACCGCAUCAAGCUGUGCAGGAAGGAUUCGACGGAGAUGCUGCCGGGCCGGGAUGAAGAUGUUGCCAUGGAAAUGGCGCCCACAAUCACUGACCAGACAUCACAGAAGUCGAAGAAGAGGUACAGGAAGAAGAAAACGAAGCUGGAGGAGACCUUUCCCUCUUACCUGCAGGACGCAUUUUUUGGUCGAGAUCUUCUCGAUCGGAGCAGACAGGUGGACAGGGGGGCGGGGCCAGAAGCAGCAGCCAGUAGCCAACCAAGAGCAGCGACAGGUAACCUGAAAGGCCCAACUCCUGGAUUUCAGGCCCCUCCCCUCUCUGGCGCCAGCAGGAAGGCGGCAGUGCUGCCCGGGUCGGAGGGCGGUCUCGUGGAUCUGUCCGACGUCCUGAACACCGACCCUCACAUCCUCGCCACCGGACACACAGGUCAGUUCCAGGUGGAGCGCUCCCCGUCUCCAUUUGCAGGUCUGGACAUCAGCUCUGUGGCACAUGACGCCUCUUUGACUUCUGAGCCAACAGGAAGCAGUGGGCGUGUCCAGAGGGCAAUGCAGGAAGAGCCUCUGGACGCCAUCUUGAGUCCUGAGCUAGAUAAGAUGGUCACUGAUGGUGCCAUCCUUAGCAAGCUCUACAAGAUCCCAGAGCUGGAGGGAAAGGACGUGGAGGAGGUGUUCACUGCUGUCCUCAGUCCAGACAGCAGCAACAGCCAAUCAGAGCAGAGUCAGCACACACAUGCGGCUGCUGGGAGCAAGACGCACAACACAGGUGCCGCGCCAUUUCCUCGCCUCCCACUGAUGAACGGCCUCUCACCAGCUGCUCCUCCUAUGAUGCCCGGGGUCCAGGGUCCAGUCAGCUUUAGGGUCCUCCCUACCGAAAACCCCACCCCCAUCCAGGGCCCCACCUCUGCAUUAGUUUCAGCCAAUCAGCAGGCUCCGGCCGGCGAGGGCGAGCAGGACGCGCUGUCAACGGCUCAGAGGAGCACGCUGAAGUGGGAGAAGGAGGAGAGUCUGGGAGAGAUGGCCACCGUCGCUCCGGUGCUCUACUGUAACACCAACUUCCCCCAGCUUAAGCAGCAGUACCCAGACUGGCCCACCAGAGUGAAGCAGAUCACCAAGCUGUGGAGAAAGGCCAGCGCUCAGGACAGAGCACCCUACGUGCAAAAAGCUCGGGACAAUCGAGCGGCUCAGCGCAUCAACAAAGUGCAGCUGUCCAAUGACCCGCUCAAACGCCACCCGCCCUCACAGCAGCAGCUGUCCGCGCCGCUGGGACCCUUUGACACUGUUUCCAUGGAGAUAGAGAUGCCGUUCAAGGACCCGCUGAGGCCCAAGGAGUCGGAGCAGGAGCAGGAGUGGAAGUUCAGACAGGGAGGGGUUAAAGACAGAGGGGAAGCCGAUAAGAAGAGGCAGGAAAUCCCCCCCCAAAGCAAAAAAUCUCCAACAGAUACAGAUUGUCCCUGCCAGGCAUCCGUAGCAGCUCCGCAAAUGCGUCAGAAGAGCAAGCAGCUCGCCAAGAUGGAAGCCACCCAGAAGCUGGAGCAGGUGAAGAAUGAGCAGCGGCAGCAGCAGCAGCUCCUGGCCAGCCAGCGCCUCUCAGGCCCCCAGUCGCCUGAAUCUGGCAGCCACAGCCCCGUGCCCCCCGGAGGAAGCACCUCCCCUCAGCUCCACCCGGGUCUCAGGGAGGGUCAGCCCAGGCAGCACCUCCUGCAGGGAAGUUCUGGACCAGCGGACGACAUCUUCCUCCGGCCUCAAGCACCGCCCCCUUCUGGCUUUUCCUCACUCCCUCAAUCCCCACAUCCCUCCUCUCCCCUCCACCAGCCAACAUCUUCCCCCCAGAUGUUCUCUCCCCCCUCCUCCCGCCCUUCCUCACCCUGGGACCCCUACAGUAAGGUUAUAGGCACUCCUCGGCCCUCCUCUUCCCAGCCUGGAGGCCCCGCAGCCUCCCAGCAGCAGCAUCACAGCUCCCUUAGCACCUCCCCAGCCCAUGACGUCGUAGGCUCUCCUGCUCCAUCCCCCGACUCCAAAACACCUGACGUCUUCAGAAGCCUCGGGCCACAACCAGGUAACCCCACCCCCGACCCUUCAGUCAGACAUGCCGGCGUCCGAGUGGCCGAAGCCUACCAGAAGACGAACGUGCGAGUCCCUGCGCCCGAGUCAUGCAGUCGUCAACUGGUCCAGGGUGGUGUGUUUAAGGCCCCCAUGCCCCCUCAGCAAGAGGCAUUUGGUGGUGGAGGAGGAGGAGGGAGGAGGGACCUGUCAAGGCUCACAGACCCAAGUUUUGUCCCCCCUCCUUCACAGGAGCCUCCCUUCCCCUCCAGCCCACUGUCAGGUCUGGGCUCCCCCCACCGUAGCCCCUACGCCCAAGCGCCCGGCACGCCCAGACCAGAUUACACUCAGCAGAUGUCCGACCCCUUCACCCAGCAGUCACCUAUGACCUCCCGGCCCUCUCCGGAUCCCUACACCAACCCUCAGACCCCUGGCACGCCGCGUCCCCACUCUGACCCCACAUACCUCACCACACCGCCUGCGCUGAGACCAGACCAGUACAACCAGCAAUCCAUGAGCCGCCGUCCCUCCCCCUCUCACCCAACCCUCGAUCCCUACGCCUCCAACCCGGGCACACCCCAUCCAGCUGUCACCGACCGCUUCCCCCGAUCACCAGGGAGUCAGCGGACCGGUGACCCCUACGCACAGCCCACAGGUACACCGCGACCCUCGCCGGAUCCCUACGCUCAGCAGCCCUCUACACCACGACCCCAGAAGGCCCACGAACCAUUCAGCCAAACCCCAGUCGAGAGCUUAGCUCCUCAGCCUGCAGCUUCCGCUUCAUCCCCUCUGGCUCCAGGAGACCCAGGGACCUUUACCCCAACGCCCCACCAGUUACAGCAGUCACCAGGAAGACAACAACAGCAGGACUCAUUUCCCAGAACCCCCAGCAGCCACACCCCAAAGCACCCUGGGAUGUCAGAAGAGAGCUUCUCUGCUUUGGCCAGUCACACUCCGGGUCACGAUCCGUUUGAGCAGGGUCACAUGACACCAGGCCGACCGCAGACCGACAAGACGGCAACCACUGAAAUAUCUGCUUUAGACGGGUCGAUGAGUGCGAUGCCUCAGCUUGGUGACUCAGGGGAGAAGCUGAGACAGCGUCAGCGGCUUCGGGAGCUCAUCCUGAGGCAGCAGCAGCAGAAGAGCACGUUACGGCAGGAGAAGGGUCUGCAGGAACCGGCUCCUGGACUUGCUGCACCCCCGGCUGCUCCAACAGGAUCCUCCGCUGGUUCUGGCACACCUCUUCACAACUGGUCGCAGGACGACUCCUCCAGCUCCAACUCCACCGCUUCUCCUGUCCAGACAGACCCAUUUGGGCGCCCUCCGCCCCCAUAUCCUGGCACAAUACGGCCUGCCGGGGCUCCAGCCCUGAGGUUCCCUGGAGGGUUCCCAGGAGAACAGCAGAGGGGUUUCGCGCCGACCGAGGCUUCUUUCCCCAGACAGAGCCUCCCCAGAGAGCUGGGUGUCCGAGGACCAGGAUCGAGGUUUGGAGCUCCAGCUGGCCUCCAUGAGACUUUCCUGCGUGCACCCCUAGGAUCAACGCCUGCCUCUGGACUCGGUGCUGUAGAGGUUCCUGUUCAGAUGAGGAGGCCAGUGCCCGGGGACUUCACCGCCAUCCGUCCCCACGGGACUCCAAACGCUCACUCGCACAUGAUGCAUGGUGUCCCCCAGCCCUUCCUCCCUCGCUCUCUCCCCAUCCAGCAGCACAGCAUCAUGGGACAGCCCUACAUUGAGCUUCGACAUCGCGCUCCAGAGAACCGCCUGAGGCUGCCCUUCUCUCUUCCUUCAGCCACGGACCCCGAGGCCCCUCUCCUGCAUCCCAGAGACCCCCACCCACCUGCCAUCAGACCUGGUCCUGGGGCCAGGAUGGGUGAGACGCUGAUGGCUCAGCAGAUGAUGAUGGCAGGCGCCGUGGAGCAGCUGAACCAGCAGGAUCCUCAGCAGCAGCACCUUGGCCACACGGCGGCUCUGACUCAGACCGGCGAGCCGGCGCUCUCGGGAGCCGAUGGAAUCGAGGAGCACCUGGAAGGGGAGGACUCGGCUGUGAAGGACCUGGAGGAUGUAGAAGUGAAGGAUCUGGUUGACCUGAACCUGAACCUCGACCCUGAAGAUGGUAAAGAAGACCUGGACCUGGGUCCCAAUGACCUCCACCUCGAUGACUUCCUGCUGUCGGGGAAGUUUGACCUGAUCGCCUAUGCCGACCCUGAGCUCAACCUGGAGGACAAGAAGGACAUGUUCAACGAGGAGCUGGAUCUGGGCGAGCCAGCGGAGGAGAAGGAGAGCGGAGAGAGGAAGGAUGGAGUUGGUGGUUCUAGAAAGACUGACAGCAGCUCCCACCUGGUCGAACAGAUCAAACAGGAAGUGAGGGACGACAGGAAGACGGGGGCAGCUCCACCUGGGGUCGUCGCCACCAGCAAACCCCCGGGAGCUCUAGGACUUGAGGUUUCCUCUGUCCAUCACAUCAAGGAGAAGCUGGAGGACUCUGGUUCUGUUUCAGGGGCUUUGUCAUCCCUCAAGCCCCAGGAGCAGGUACCAUCCAUGGGCAUGGUAUCCAGAGUUCAGCCCCCUGUGACCACAGGACAACAGCCUGUCUUCCAGCAGCAGCAGAAGCCUUUUGGGCCCCCCUCAUCCUCGCCUCAACUCACCCCCCACCCUCAGGCUGUCUCAGUGUCUCCUCACACCAGUCUGCCUCCUCAGGCCCCCCAAGGCCCGCCUCACCCACUGCCUCUCCAGCCUCCUCACCUCCUCCUUACCACUCAGACCCAACCUCCACAUAUGGGGACCUCCACGCAGAGCCAGACCCAGGGUACCUUUGCUCAGACCCAGGUCCAGGACCAGAACAAACUAAGGCCUCUGCUUCUGGAGGAGCAGCCGCUUCUUUUGCAGGACCUCCUGGACCAAGAGCGCCAGGAGCAGCAGCAACAGAAACAGAUGCAGGCCCUGAUCAGACAACGCUCCACCACAGACUCUGCGUUCCUUGGUGUGGACUUUGAUUCCAUUACAGACCCCAUCAUGAAGGCAAAGAUGGUGGCUUUGAAAGGCAUAAACAAAGUGAUGUCUCAGGGAAACCUGGGUCUGAAUCCCAUGGUCAUCAACAGGUUCCAGCAGCCUCCAGGAGCCCCGGGUCCUGAGGUCCCCCCUCAGCCUCCACACCUGGUAUUACAGGAGGGAAAGGUGAACCCUCAGCUGGUGCAACCCAACCCCCCGAGCUUUGGCUCCGGGUUCAGCAAUGAGCCCAAGCGGCCGCAGUACGAGGACUGGCUCGGAGAGACGCAGCAGCUCCUGCAGAUGCAGCAGCGCCUCCUGGAGGAUCAGAUCGCCGCCCACCGCAAGACCAAGAAGGCUCUGUCAGCCAAACAGAGAACGGCCAAGAAGGCGGGCCGUGUCUUCGCAGAGGAGGACGCCGCCCAGCUACGCUACAUCAGCGAGCAGCAGGGAGUGGUCCAGAAGCAGCUAGAGCAGAUCCGGAAGCAGCAGAAGGACCACGCCGAGCUCAUCGAGGACUACCGGACCAAACAUCCUCAGAGGGGUCUACAGCAGCAAUCGGCACCCCCCCUCCCUCAGAAGCUGCUCUCACAGCCCAUCGUGCCCCUGCAACCCCACCCGGGCGGCCCCGCACCGGCCCGUCUCCCAAAUGUACCUCCCGGUUGGACUCCAGGGGGUGGGGCUCCAGGGGUGAUGGGGCAGAGGAUGCCGCCUCAUCAACCCCCUCAACUCCCCGCCGGCCUACCCAACAGCCCGCAAGUACCCCCACACACCCAGGCGCCCUCUGCCAUGGUGCCGGGCCUCGCAGCUCAGACGGCAGGCUUUACUGCCGCCUCCCGAGGCCCCGCCGGAGGUCCCAAUGGAGCCACAGUGGAUGGAGCUGGCCCUGCCCCUCAGGUCAAGUUUGACGACAACAACCCGUUCAGCGAGGGUUUCCAGGAGAGGGAGAGGAGGGAGAGGCUGAGGGAGCAGCAGGAGAGGCAGCGGGUUCAGCUCAUGCAGGAGGUGGAGCGCCACCGCGUCCUGCAGCAGAGACUGGAGCUGGAGCAGCAGAGCCUCCUGGGGGCCUCCGUGCCUCCUGCCGCAACUCCGUCGGGUCCUGCCUCCGGAGGGGACGGUUUGACUCAGAUGCCCUUUUUCAGCUCUGAGCUGCCCCAGGACUUCCUCCAGACCUCCAGACCUCGACCUCAGCACCACAGCCAGAUGGCAGCGACCUUUCCCCUGCAGGCGGGCCUCCGCCAAGGCUUCACAGUGAAGCCUCUACUCCCUGGAGCACCCCCUGUUCCAACAGGUGAACCCCCCAUGAACGUGGCUCCUUCCAGCCUCCAGACCAGGCCGAGGCUCCCUGGCCUCACAGGACCCUCAGCCCCAGGGCAGGCACACCCAACUGGGAUAGGAGCAGCAGGAAUGCCCUCCUCCCAUCCGGCAGGGCAGGGACAUCUAUUCGGACACGACUCCUCCUCUUCCUCUCCCUCCACUCCUCUGGCCACUUCCUUCCCCUGCUCCUCCUCUGGUGGCCCCGCCUCCCUCAUCCAGCUGUAUUCUGACAUCAUCCCAGACAAUAAACCGAAUAAGAAGAGGAGUAGGAAGAAGGACGGGGAGGAAGCCACAGGAGGAGGGGGGGCCAGGACGCCACUGUCCUCACAAUCUGAUGACCUCACUGCCCCUCCCACCCCUGCUGUCUCUGACACUGCGUGCUCCACACCCACCUUUGGCAGCAUGGACCAAUCAGAGCUGUCUUUCCCUCAGAGCUCCUCCCUCUCUGGUCUGGCCCCAUCAUCAGAGCUGGAGAGGCAGCUGUCCAUCAUCUCUGCAGCCCAGCAGAGAGCCUCCAGGCUGGGCUCAGAGUGCCAGAGAGGGCCCCUGUCUGCAGCUCUGCUGGAGGUCAAGGAGGAGCGUGAAGAGGCCGCAGCCUGUGGAGCCGGGGUGGUGAAGAUGGAGGAGGGCCGGGCUGAGCCGUUCUCCCCCACGUCUCCUCAUCAGGCAGGCGACGCAGGUAAGGAGCUGCUCAGACACCUGCUAAGGGACAAGACCUCCCCUGCCAACACGCCAUCGCCCAUCACCCAAGCUCCGCCUGUCGCCCGGCGACAGCUGUCCAGCGAUGGCUGUCGAUCUGAAGAGGAAGAUGCACCUGGUUCCCAUGGCAACAUGGUGGCGAGGGACGGUCCUGCCUCAGAGCUGCUGGACGCCUUCGGCAGGAAGAAGACGCAACGCUGCAAGAGACCCGCCCGGCCCAACAAAGACCGAGCUCCUCCCAAGUACAAAAGGAAGAAGAAGGAGGAGGAGGAGAAGGCGCUCCAAUCCUGCUCCACCUCUUCCUCCUCUGACCCGGUGGUGACACACCUCAGACAGCUGGCAGUGCUGCCCCUCAUGGAGCCGGUCCUGGGGGUGGAUCUCAGUCUGUUCCCCCCCUACGGCAGCUCCUCUCUGGGCCGAGACUCCAGGCUGAGCGGCUCCUUCGGCAACGCCUGCCUGGAUGGAGUCACCGACUACUACUCCCAGCUCAUAUACAAGCAGAACAACCUCAGUAACCCCCCCACUCCUCCGGCCUCCCUGCCACCGACACCGCCUCCUGUUGCCAGGCAGAAACUGGUGAACGGCUUCGCCACGACAGAGGAGCUGACCAGGAAGGAGGUCGGCGAGCAGGACGUGAAAGGUGUGUCGGCUCUGAAGCUGAAAGGGGAGGAGCUUCUCAGUUUAAACCAUCCCUCCAAGACAGUAGAUGUGCCUGCCUCCCUCCCAACCCCACCCCACAACAACCAGGAGGAGCUCAGGGUCCAAGACUCAUCAGAGCAAGAUGACCCCGACAGCUACGUUCCAUCGUCGUCCCCGGAGAGCGUGGCGGACAUAGAGGUCAGCCGGUACCCCGACCUGUCCUUCAUCAAGCUGGAGCCUCCCUCACCCUGCCCGUCGCCUACACUACCCAUGAUCCCCUGUGCUUGGGGGAAAGGCUCUGCAGUCAAACAGGAAGUGAAGACUGAGACAAACCAUCAGGGACUUCCUUCCUGCUCGAACACAGACCUGGUUACCAUAGCAAUAACCCUGAACCCCACUGCAGCCCAGAACGUUCCAGGAGUGAUGGCGGCGGUGGCGGAGCUGCUGCGGGUCCCCGUCCCUGUGAACUACCAGCUGAGCCGAGCGUCCGGUCCCGAGCAGAGCUCUCUGGCCCUGCUGGCGAGCGUGCAGGUGCCGCUGACGCAGGGUUCAACCGCCACAAAACAGAGAGCGGCCGCCACAGGAAACACAGGUGUCAGAAUGGACUUCAGCCAGCAGGGCGGCGCUGCCACCACCAGGCCUCAGUGCUGCAGCUACUGCAAGGUGUUGCUGGGAAACGGAGUCCGCAUUGUCAGGGAGCUCAAACAGGAGGGUCAGUCCGGACCCGGCUCCAGCUUGCUCUUCUGCAGUCCCAACUGCUCCACCAUCUACACCAGCGACCUCCAAAGCAGGUCUGCAGGCACCAAGUCUGCAGUCCCUGUCCUGCUCUCCGGCUCCGAGUGCCCCCCUCCCACCAGGGUGCAGCACCAGUACACCAACAACAUGUCCUCCAUUGCCGUCCACUCCCUCCCCCGUGCUCCCUCCUCGCCUCCCCCGACAUCCUCCUCCUCCUCCCCACCUCUCUUCUUCCCAUCUGCCUCUGCCAUCACCAUGGAGACCAGACCUCGCAUGGACAGCCUCAAGGUGAAGGUAAAGUUGAAGCCCCGCCCCCGAGCAGUCCCAGGUGGGGAGGACUCACUGUCAUCGUGCCAUGGAAAGAGGAUGAAGAGUUCCCGCUGGCGGCGCUGGAGUGUUAACAUCACACUGAGCAGGGGUACUUGCAUCUCUAAUGAGGCGGUUGCCUUGCCAACAGAGGAUGAAGUGGAUGAGCUGUUGAAGAACCUGGGGGCGUGUCUUCGUCCAGACCCAUUACCCAGAGACCAGCGCAGGUGCUGCUUCUGUCACCAGCAGGGCGAUGGCCAGACAGACGGACCGGCCAGGCUCCUGAACCUGGACUUGGAUCUGUGGGUGCACCUUAACUGUGCCCUGUGGUCCAGCGAGGUGUACGAGACUCAGGCGGGUGCGCUCAUCAACGUGGAGCUGGCUUUGAGGCGAGGACUGACGCUGCGCUGCGCUCACUGCCAGCAGACCGGCGCCACGAGCGGCUGCAACCGCCUCCGCUGCACCAACACCUACCACUUCACCUGCGCCCUGCAGGCCCAGUGCACCUUCUUCAAGGAUAAGACCAUGCUCUGCCACCUCCAUAAACCCAGGAUGGUUCCUCUCAGCGGGGACAGGUCCUGCGGCGGCUCACCCUCCUCCACUCCCGGCUCUGCCCCUGACCCGGCGGCUGUGGCGGCCUCUGACCCGUAUGACUCAGAGCUGCGAUGCUUCGCGGUGUUCCGCCGAGUGUUCGUGCAGCGGGACGAGGCGCGCCAGAUCGCAGCCGUGGUGCAGCGCGGCGAGCGGCAGCACACCUUCAGGGUCGGCAGCCUGCUGUUCCGCGCCAUCGGCAGGCUCCUCCCACAGCAGAUGAGAACCUUCCACAACGAGACGGCCAUCUUCCCCGUCGGUUACCAUGCUAACCGUAUCUACUGGAGCAUGCGCCACAGCAACAGACGCUGUAAGUACAUGUGCUACAUCGAGGAGGAGGAGGGGCAGCCGCUGUUCAAGGUGAAGGUGGUGGAGAAAGGACACGAUGACCUCAUUCUGACCGGACCCACGCCCAAAGCUGUGUGGGAUCAGAUCCUGGAUCCCGUCUCCCAGAUGAGGACCUCCAGCGGGACUCUGAAGCUGUUCCCAGUUUACCUGAAAGGAGAAGAUCUGUUUGGUCUGACCACGUCUGCGGUGACCCGAAUCAUCGAGUCUUUACCUGGCGUGGAGGCCUGUGAGCGUUACACCUUUCGUUACGGCAGGAACCCCCUCAUGGAGUGGCCUCUGGCCUUCAACCCGUCAGGCUCCGCCCGCUCCGAACCCAAAGCCUGUCAGGCCAAAAGACCCUACCUGCUGGCCAGCAUCGCCCCCAGGUGUCAGGGCUCGGUGGGCUCCAUCGUGGGCCUCGUCCCCGGCGUCAUCUCUCUGUCUCCGGGCGAGUCCGUGGCCAGCGCUCACCAGGGACGCCACUCCAAGUCCUCGCAAUACCGCCGCAUGAAGGCUGAGUGGAAGAGCAAUGUGUACCUGGCACGCUCCCGCAUCCAGGGUCUCGGUCUGUACGCUGCCAGAGACAUCGAAAAGUGCACCAUGGUCAUCGAAUACAUCGGCACCAUCAUCAGGAGUGAAGUAGCCAAUCGCAAGGAGAGGCUGUAUGAGUCACAGAAUCGCGGCGUGUACAUGUUCCGGAUCGACAACGACUACGUGAUCGACGCCACCAUCACCGGGGGACCCGCCAGGUACAUCAACCACUCGUGUGCUCCCAACUGUAUCACUGAGGUGGUGACGGUGGAGAAGGAGAACAAGAUCAUCAUCAGCUCCUGCAGACGCAUCCAGAGAGGAGAAGAGCUGUGCUACGACUACAAGUUCGACCUGGAGGACGAUCAACAUAAGAUCCCGUGUCACUGCGGAGCUGUCAACUGCCGCAAAUGGAUGAACUGAACACACACACACACACAGGCAGGCAGCUCGCUCUCUGUCGAUCGCCUCCCCUGUGGGCGGAGCUUAACUUCAUAUCAACACAGUGAUAAUAAUGAAAGUGAUUGCUUUGAUAACAGAGUUAAUGAUAAUAAUAUUGAUGAUGGGGAUAACAGGUCAGGGUGGGGGUUAUAUAUGCGCAUGGGUGGGGUCAGAAGCUUUUUCUGAGGGCGUGGCUGUGUCGGAGAGUGGGCGGGGCUUAAAGAGGCUGGUCCUCUGUGUAUAUUGUGUGUAAAAAUGAGCACAGAUGUAAAUGUGAGAUCAGAGAAUGUGUCGUCUUUAACUUGCACUAAAACACAAAAACAACAAAAAUAGAGACUUUAUUCCCCGGCCCCGCCCACCCCACUCCAGCCCCGCCCACCUCCAUUUGUUAAUUUCCUGUAAAAUAAGAGUUUUUUUGUAUUUAUUACUGAAUGAAGCUAUUUUCUAAACCCGCGGUGCGUUCGAGGUCCGGCGUGGCGGUGUGUAAAUACGUGUACCAUAGAUGAGAGAAUUGCACACAGAGUUUAAGAAGCCCUCCACCAUCCUCACCACCGCCGAUCAGCUGCAGCAUUUCAAGUACAGUUUGUGUUGCUGACCGGGCACCGCAUCCCGAUUGGACGGACUGUGAAGCGAGUCGGGCAGGCGUCACCGCGGCCUUCAGGCGCCGAGUCCCGCUGCCGUGUACAUAGGAGACUGCUGAUGUGUACAGAGACGACACGAAGCCUUUUUUAUUAUUAUUGGAUGUAACCGUGAUGAUGAAGAUGUUUGUUUUUGGGAAAUAUGGUGACUCUGAUUUAGAAUCAUUUACAGAAAAAUAAAAUAUUUUACAUGUU